UUUUCUUUUUUACUGCUUCACAUAUGUUAUUGUUUUUUGUGCAGUGAAUAUUGAAAUCGUGUUGGCUAAUAUAAUUUAUAACGAUUUAACAAUUGGCUUCCAGAAAAAAAUAAUAUUAUUCAAGGAAAAUACAGAAAAGUUAAAUAUUUUAAAAUCAUCAAACUUUGUGAGAGAGUUUUAGAAGUCAUUUAUGUAUUAAGUAUAAAUGCUUACAGUGUGAGAAGGAAAAGUGUUUAAAGUAAACCUGGAAUCGUUUGCCGAAGAUAAGAACAUUCGUUCGGUUAUACCGUUCAUUUAGUUUGAAAUAAGAUGGAUGUAUUUGAACGAGCCUGGAGUGAUGAGUGUGAGAAAUUGCCAAAUAAGAAUACAAUCUUUACAAAUGAUUUCAAUGGUAUUCCGGAAACACUGUUACUGAACGUUAUUUCUUGGCUUCUAUUAAUUGGUUUAUUCACCGCUUUACGGCAUCAAGCCGGUGACUAUGGUCGCCUGGCGCUUGUAAACAGCAAUGGUACCCGAAAGCGGUGGACUGAAGUAUUUUACUCGCGUGCAACAAGUACGGUUGCUACACCUCUACCAGAAGCAUCUACCAGUCGUACGCAAAAUGAUGCUGAGGGCGGUCGUGGUAGUAUAUCAUCGAACACAUCAGAGCCUCCAUUAUCUCCCAUUCACCAGGACCAGGGAUUUUUUGCUUGGAUUAAAAUCACAUGGAAAUUGCAAAAGGAACAGAUAAAGACUCAUACUGGACCGGAUGCCAUACAUUAUCUCUCAUUUCAGCAACAUCUUAUUACUGUAAUGGCAAUAGUGACACUUGUCUCAAUAACAAUUAUAUUACCGGUGAACUUAUUUAAUGGCUCUAAUGAUGACAGAUCUGAUUUGAAUUCUUUUGGUCGCACAACUAUGGAAAAUGUAUCCCCAGAAUCUCCGUGGCGAUGGGUACACGUUAUUAUCACAAUAAUGUAUGCACCCCUCAUAGUGCUCAUAAUGCGACGUUCAUCUGGACGAAAUGCCUUUAAAACAGCAGCAACACGCACCAUUAUGAUAUCCAAUAUAUCUGCAAGCGAUCGUAAUAAAACAAUUAUCCGCCACUACAUACAAGAAUUAUUUCCGGAUGUUAAUAUAGAAGACGUACAAAUUGCCUACAACAUAUCCAAAUUGACUGUGCAAAAUGUCGAAUAUGAAAAGAUAUUGGAUGCCCGCAUUUACUGUGAACACCAUCGGGACAGAGACACACUGCAGGUAAAACCGAAUCUAUGCUCCUGUGCUAAAGAAAACGCAUAUGCCUAUUACCAACGAGAAGAGCGAAAACUCUCGGGAGAUGUUGCACGUUUGAGAGCUGCCGCACUAAAUGAACCACUUGCAAUAGCUUUUAUUACCGUGUCAACUGUACAUGAAGCACAAAAUAUUGUCAGCCAUUUCACACCAGGCACCUACCGGAAGUGGAACUUGGAAUUCGCACCUUCACCAGACGACCUCUUUUGGGAGAAUUUGAAUGUGAGCAAGAGCAAUUGGUACUUCAAAUGGAGUAUUGUUAACUUCAUACUAUUUUUGACGUUAUUCUUUCUUACAACGCCAGCAAUUGUACUAAAUUUUUUGAACGCCUAUGCAUUAGCUAAAGGUAAUAUAUACCAAAUAUCGCCAGUGGUAUCCGAAUUUUUGCCAACUUUGUUACUGUGGACACUUGCGGCACUGAUGCCGGUGAUUGUUGCCUUCUCAGACAAAUGGUUGGCUCAUUAUACACGCUCACUUCAGAAUUAUUCAAUUAUGAUCAAAUGUUUUUGCUAUUUAUUAUUAAUGAUCCUCAUUCUGCCAUCACUUGGACUAACAUCAGCGCAGAAAUUAAUCGAAUGGUCAAUUAGUAAUGAUACUAUACGCUGGUAUUGUGUUUUUAUGCCGGAUCGUGGUUCUUUCUAUGUCAAUUAUGUAAUUACAGCUGCUUUCAUUGGUACGGCUCUGGAGUUGUUACGUUUCCCAGAACUUAUCGUUUAUAUUUGGAUGUUGUGUACGGCGAAAUCGAAAGCUGAAACACCAUACAUCCGGAAAUCGAUAUUAAUAGAAUUCCCCUUUGGCAUUCACUAUGCCUGGACUGUGCUGGUUUUCACCAUUUCUAUAGUUUACAGUGUUUCUUGUCCACUUAUAAUGCCCUUUGCUAUGAUUUACAUUUGUUUUAAACACUUUGUGGAUCGUCACAAUUUAUUCUUUGCCUAUGGUCCAUCAAACAUGAUAUCCAGAAAUGGGGGGAAAAUUCAUUCGACUGCCGUCACAAUGACUAAAUCUGCGAUUGUCAUACUGCUUGUAGUUAUGGCGAUGAUUUCAGUUUUCCGCGAAAGAUCAAAUGUGCGUGCUAUUAUACUUUUUAUGACACUAGUAUUAACAUUGGCAUUGUUCGCAUUAAUGUCGCCCAUUAAACGGUGUGCAUCAGUACCACGUCCCAGUGUGGUCGAGGUGGCGGGGCCAGCACCGAUUUAUGUGCCCGAUGUGUUGCGCCCACGCACAACCAUCGCUUCGGGAACGUCAAAUAAUCAUGCAGCGACUAAUGGUGGCGGUAUCACAGGAUAUGGUUCAGAUAGUGUUUCAGAUUUUGACAUUAGCUCACAGUAUAGUGUAGAUGCCUAAAUAAGACAACUGAUUAGAAGCGAAAUAGUAUUGUUGGAUAAAAAAAAAUUGCCUUGAUACGAAUCACAGUGAAAUAUAUGUAUGUAUUUCCAUUUUAUAUGUGAAAAAGAAGUCAUAAGCUAUGACUUACGAAACAUUAAUAGACGGAAAUAAAGAUUCGGGAGAAACUCAUUUUAUAUAAAAAAAACAAUAAUAAUUAAAAAAUUCAAUUAAGAUACACAUACAUACUUGCGUAUGUUUUUCUGUUUAUACAUAAUUUUUGAACAGAAUAACACACUUUAUAACUUAAUUGAGGGCACCAUUAUAAUUUAUAUUCCAUAUCCCUUAAUAUUAUUUUGAGUUUAACUGUUUUUUUUUAUUUCACUAUGUAUAAACGAUUUUGUAUUGUAUUAUUAGUUGCUGGCGAACUUUCUUUAUCUAGGCAAAUUUUAUCAAUCAACAUAAACGUUUAAACAUAUUUUCAGUUAUUUAAUUUUAAGCUAUAAAUUAUAUAAAAUUAUAUGCGUAUUAAAGACGUUCGAAAUCUGUUACGAGGCCACAAAAAGAACAUUGCAAUAUUGUUUGUAUAAGAAGAAAUGUGAUAAUAUAUUGAAAAUGUAAUAAAUGCUUUUUAUUUGUAAAAUUGGCUUUAAAUCUUUACAAAUAAAUGUCUUGCUAUUAUAAAUUUUAUGUAAACGCAGCUAAAUACUAUAUUAUACUCAAAUAUAAACAAA